CUAUUUGGGACAUUAGCUGCUCAUAUACUAGGUAUCAGUCCUAACGAUGAACUGAGCAAACUGGCUGGUCAAUUUUUCACCUUCUCCGCGAAGAUUUCGACCGAUAGGAAUAAUCUCAUAGAACUUCAACCUCUCGUCCAAGCUAUCUCACAAUACCAAGAUGAAUCUGAAGUAUUCAAAAUUGCGAUUGAACUUGUCGAAAAAUUAGCAGAUCAACCAAGUGGCAAUCAACGUAGUGACCGCAGUGAUCGAUUAACAUUGACACCCGCACCCGGUCCAUUUACAUUCACCCGAAGUGCUUCAGAGGCAAAAGAUUUUAACAAAAAUGUCACUUCUAUGACCGCAGCAUUAAGAAAUGAACUUUAUAAAAAUGUAAUUGUGGAUCUGGACAAUUUCUGGACGGAGCUUUUCCUGGGUAAAGAUUGGUCCAAUCAAACAUACAUGACUGUAGAUGAAAUGUGGGACUGGCUAAAUUUUUUUCGUGAGAAUUUUUUGAAUCAGCUCACAGAUAAAUUCCACAGACCAUCGGAAAAGUUUCCAAAAAUCAUCAAAGAAGAAGAAGGCUCCCAGUUCCGCUGCAGUUAUUUUCGCUCGUCAGAUAAAUGCCCGAUGAGGGGUACUAACAACGAUUACCAGGCCGACUUCUUCACAAAGAGAAUCGGGUCUUCCAAUGCUCAUAGUAAGGUUCAUCAAUGGAGUGAUGUGAGAGUACUGGGUGAGUUUACGAAAAAGAAAUCUUCAGGUCAAAGGAACGAAAAGUUUUAUCAGCUGUCUAGACUUGCUCUCCAAGUAUUUUACACACAGCCACUUCGUCAUUUCGUACAUGGAUUUACCGCGUUCAAAUCAAAUUUUGAACUGUGGGUGUUUAAUCGCUCGGGCGCAUAUAGCUCAGGCUUAUUCAACAUCGAAGACAAUAAAGAAAAGCUAGUGAGAGCGAUCUGCUCAUACCUUUUGAUGAGUGAUCAAGAACUAGGUAUUGACUCAUCUAUUGAAAAAGUUAAUGGACGCUCUUCUGUAUCCAUUUAUGAUGAGAAACAGAAGGAGACUAGGAAGUUUGACAUUAAUCCUAAACCUUUUUUCAUGGUGGGUACCAUAGUCACUCGUGGAACUACCUGUUUCGAAACUUCGGAUAAAAGCAGUGUUGUUAAAUACUCGUGGGUCAGGACUCCAGGUAAAUCAGAAAUCGACUUUUUGCAACAUGCCCAUGGAAUAGAUGGCGUAGUCGAGAUGAUGGACUGCAAUCCUUUUAUCUGCAUGGCUGAAGGUGUAGAGGUACCUCGGACUCCCCAGUUGAGAGAUCGAGAACUUCGCAGAAUAGUUAUCUCACCUCGUGGCCAUAGUCUUCGUUCCAGUAAAACGAUUAUGGAGUUUCUUGUUGGCAUACGAGACGCAAUUGUGGCACACCGCCGCCUGUAUGUCGAAAAGAAAAUACUUCAUGGUGACAUCUCUGACGGUAACAUCAUUCUAGCAACUGUAGGUGGUAAAACUCAAGGGAUGUUGAUCGAUUUGGAUCACGCCGAAAUGGUCGACCCACCACCAGGCAAAGAUGACAACUUUUUCUUGACUUGCACCAUGAAAUUCAUGGCGCUUGAGAGGCUACAACGUGCUUCAAAUCUUGGGGAAAGUAUAAUUCGUACGUUUCAUCACGAUCUGGAGUCGUUCUUUUAUGUGUUCAUUGUAGGAUGCAUAAUAUAUGAACGUGGAGAGAAAUCACAAGAAGUUAUUGAUUUACAAGCUUGGUCAACAGAAAACAUCAAGUCUAAUUACGAUGCAAAGGAACUAGCUAUCUUGGGCUUUAGAAAAAGAAUUCUCGAUAACUUCUCCACCAAAUUCUUAGAUUUUAAGGCUUUAGCAUAUGAACUCCGAACGAUACUUUUUGGAGAGCUUGGAGAUGAAUAUAGCACCCCAGAAGAUUAUGAAGCCGAAUAUGAGAAGAUUAUUAAGUCAUUCAGCAAUACCAUUGAAGAUCUAAGAGGUAAGAUCAAUCAAUUACUACACAAUUACUACACAAUUACUGUUCCCUUAAAUGAGAGUCUAGCUAACAUUCUCAAUUAUUAG